CUCGGGUUGCACAGCAAGGUAAGGAGCUGCGGACUGAGAGAAACACCUGUCUGCUUCUCCAAGGUCUCUCCAAGAUCAUCACCCCAAGGGCAGGGAUUCUACAGGAACGACUUCACCCGUUGAAUUCUUUGAGUUCAUUGUGAAUUCGCUGCUCAGAUUUCAAUCUGUUCUCACUAUUACUUUUUGGUCAUGAAGGGAUGCUGGCUAUGGUCCAUGCACUCACAGAAAUUGUAAACCAUAUUGAAGGAAGGAAGCAGUCCAUCUGAAGAGUGCGUUAAAGGAAAAGGAAGACAGAUAAAGAUAUGGAGCUGCAGCAAGAGGAUGACAUGGAUGAAGAGGAGGGAAAAGAGAAGAAAACCACAGCUCAGCCCCAAAGCAAAAUGAAGGACCGGCUAUCAGAACUUCUGGAGUUAACCAAGCAGUAUGACCAGCAGUUCGCAGACGAGGACGAUGAAUUUGACUCGCCCCAAGAGGACUUCGUGUUCGAGACAGACCACAUCCUGGAGUCCUUGUACCGAGACAUCAAGGUCCUUCAGGAUGAAAACCAGCAGCUGAUGAUCGACGUGAAGCGGCUGGGAAAGCAGAACGCCCGCUUCCUCACGUCCAUGCGGCGUCUCAGCAGCAUCAAGCGCGACACCAACUCCAUCGCCAAGGACAUCAAGGCCCGCGGGGAGAGCAUCCACCGCAAGCUGCGCGCCAUGAAGGUGCUGAGCGAGGCGGCCGAGGCGCAGCACGGACCCAACUCGGCGGUGGCGCGCAUCUCCCGCGCGCAGUACAGCGCGCUCACCCGCACCUUCCAGCGCGCCAUGCACGAGUACAACCAGGCCGAGAUGAAGCAGCGCGACAACUGCAAGAUCCGCAUCCAGCGCCAGUUGGAGAUCAUGGGCAAGGACGUGUCGGGCGACCAGAUCGAGGACAUGUUCGAGCAGGGCAAGUGGGACGUGUUCUCGGAGAACCUGCUGGCCGACGUGAAGGGCGCGCGGGCGGCCCUCAACGAGAUCGAGAGCCGCCACCGCGAGCUGCUGAAGCUGGAGAGCCGCAUCCGGGACGUGCACGAGCUCUUCCUGCAGAUGGCGGUGCUGGUGGAGGAGCAGGCCGACACCCUGAACGUCAUCGAGCUCAACGUGGAGAAGACCGUGGACUACACCGGCCAGGCCAAGGCGCAGGUGCGCAAGACCUUGCAGUACAAGAAGAAGAACCCCUGCCGGACCAUCUGCUGCUUCUGCUGCCCCUGCCUCAACUAGCAGGCUGGCCUGGGGCCCCGCACCCCCUCUCAACGGGAAUGGGCAGGGAAGCGCACUGGGAGAGAUUUGGGGGCUCCCUUCACUGCGGCGAGUUGUCCCCACUCCUACGGACCUCAGUUUUUAGAGAAAGAAGAAACUCGAGGUCCAGAAAGUCGCAUCUAGCCCAUGCUUGGGACUAUAGUGGAUGCCUUCGGAUGUUUCUUCAGUAAGUGCAGAGACACCCUGAAGUUGUGUGAGGUCAUUAUAGGGCAAAUUGCUUCCUUGCCCUCUUAAGGGAAGAGGCAUAAAGAACUGACUAGCGAACUGGAGGGUAAAUGUCCCAGGCAUGUUUCCUAAUGAAGUUCCAGGAGGAAGUCAAUUCCGCAUUGGCUAAUAGUAUGAACUCAUCGAAACAAAUUCAUACCCUCUCCUGAAAGUACCUUGGUUCUGUUCAAUUUCACGUCUUUCAUUUCCACUCAUCUGGUUUGUGCUGUGUGAUUCCUGUCUAGAAGUAUACCUGUUUUCUUCCUGCUCACCUCCAUACUUAUUAAAAUCACAUUCAACACUCA